AAUUUUCUAUUAUUAGCAAUGAAUUUAUUUCUGGAUAACCCAGUCUACUCCCAUUUUUGAGUAAUUCUACCUCCUAAAAAAUUACUUCCGGAAACUGCUUAAUACUGCCCCUAUGAAGUAACUAACCAUAAAUAUUUGUUUGUAUUUUGGCACCUAUUCCAACAAUUUCAAAGUCAAUUCAGAAGUAAAAAUGAUUAGCACCGAUGUAAGAAUUGAAUCCGAUAAAGAACAAGAAAAAUCAUUCUCUUUAUUUGCGUCAAUGGACUAUUUACUGGACAAGUUGAAAUUAUUAAAUUAUGAAACUGAGUUUUUACCUGAAAUUAAAAUAAGAGCUAUUCACAAAUAUUAUUUUGCAUUACAAAAAAACAGUGGCGAACAGUUUUAUUUAUUUUGCUUACUAUCUGCUUGGCUUAUCCGAAAACUUGGUAAAAAAUUCAAUCCUCCAGAAGAAUAUGAUGAUCCCAAUGAUACAAUAGGAAAGAUAGUGGAGGAAGUAAAAGAAAUUGGAAUGAAAAUUGAUUUUCCAGUGAGUAAAUUAAAACAAGGAGUUGGCGAAUCUGUAGUUAAUAUUUUAGAUUUUCUCGCAAAUGCCGUUUUGAAAAAAAAUAGCUUGAUGCUACAAAAACCAAAACCUCCAGAAGAAAAGGAAGAAGAAAUGGAAGUAGUCGAGGAUGAUUCUGAAGUAAACCUGGAUAGAGUCGAGGAAGAAAUGAUAGCAGCUUAUUCUGAUGAUUCAGAUGAAGAAAAUAUUUUUCAGUUGGAUAAAUUAAAGCCAAUAAAGGGUGAACUUCAUCAGGAAAAUUUUAAAAAUAAUAUUAAUGAAGACAGUUGGAAAUUGGAAGUUGAAAGAGUUUUACCACUAUUAAAAGUCACAGUUAAGAAUGAAAAUCGAGAUUGGAGGUUUCAUUUAGAGCAGAUGAAGGGAUAUAAAACAAGUAUUGAUGAAUCAUUCGGGAACACCAGAAGCCAGUUGGAAAAAUUGCAUAAUGAAAUAAGAUCGACUCUUGAAAAAAUUAAUAAUCGUGAAAAAUACUUAAAUAGAGAAUUAGAAAAUGCUUUAGGGACUUACAGAACACAGCAGGGUCGGCUCUCAUUCACAAAAGAAAAAUAUAAAACGUUGAGUGGUGCAGUUGCAGAAAAAAAUCGUGAAUUACAUAAAUUGAAUGAUAAAGUUGAUUUAAUAAAGCAGCAAAUGGAAGAACGAGAAAGCGCAAUGACAGAUGGAACUCCACUGGUUAAUCUGAAAAAAUCAAUUUCAAAGUUAAAAACUGAAAUACUCGACAUGGAUGUGAGAAUUGGAGUACUUGAAUGUCUGCUACUUCAACACAAAAUUUUGGAGGAAAAGCAAUUGGAAACUGACUUUGGACAAUCUCUAUCCUUAUUUUAAAUAGCUUUUUUUAAUUUAAUUGUUAUUUUUGAGUAUGUUAUACCAAAGUCGAAGGUGGUCUUGUACUAAAUAGUUAAUCACUAAAGAUGUUAUUAUCCUGUAAUAAUUUUCACUAAAUUUGCACUCAUUAAAAAUAAAUAUUAGCCAACA